UAUUUGCAAUCAGAAGCAGACGCAAUCAUUCAAUUUUGUUUACAAUUUUUAAAAGUUUAUAAUUCAUACAAAAAUGCACAAGGAAAUAGCAGAACAAUUCGAAGAACUGGGAUGCUCACCCUCAGAAGAUAUCUUAGACAAAUGCGUAGAACUCUGCUAUACGUACAAAAUAACCGAUGCAAUGGAAUUCGUUGCCCAAUGGAUGGCCUACAGUGUUUCGAAUUUGGAUGGAGCCGAUCCAACAAUACCUCUGCUUCUUGAAAUGGAACGCAAAGAGUUCAUCCUGCAACGCGAAAAGGAACUUAUUGCUGCACAGUCGAAGAAGAAGAAGACGACAAGUCAUCUGAGUGAUUUGGGGGCGUUUGGUUCUCCAUCAAGACAUGUUUCAAAUGUAGAUGAUGAUGACCAAAUUAUGGAUUCAUAUGGAUGUAUGACUCCUAAGGCAAAGCCGUCGGCAAUCGCUAGAACACCUGCUCAACGCCAGAAUGAAGUGCUAUUCAGUCCAGCCAGCUAUUCCCAAAUUUCAGGAACACCUCGUGCUCAAGGAGCCGCUGGCUCUGGUAAGAUUGUUUACACAUUUGGCAAUCCACAACUCUUGGCCAGUGCAACGUGGUCAUCAUCAUCAUUGGAUAGAAGCAACAGGAAAGUAGCAGUUAAGCAACUUCUCACCCACAAUGGCAAAGCAUUGGAUUCAAAGGCAAAGUAUAUGUUUGACAUAUUGCAGGAGAGAGCAGAGAACUCAGGCGAUCGCAUCUUCCAAGUUGGCAAGAAUAUUUGCAAAAAAGUAUUUGGACCGACUGUCUUAGAUUAUGAUCUGCAAAAUGUCGAUGAUCAUAGUCAAGAAACUGUAAAAACCAUUGGAACUAUAUGCUGCGACUCGGAGGGGUGCCUCGAUGCUACAUCGACAUUGCUUGUGGGCUCCGAUGAGUCUAUGUGUCGAACUGUUCGUUUGAAUUUCAGCGAAACUAAGUCGUUUGGUGUAUUUCCUGGACAAGUUGUGAUGGUGAGCGGACGAAAUCCUAAAGGCGAUACCAUAAUAGUCGAGGAGGUGAUUGCCGAUCGAGUGUUACAGCCGCCCACAAUACCCAAACUCACGGAAUCGUUAAGUUUUGUGGUUGCGGCCGGACCUUUUACCAACAGCGAUGAUCUGGUCUAUGAUCCAUUGCAUGACUUGGUACUCUAUUGUAAGGAUAACCAACCAGAUGUACUCAUAUUGACUGGCCCAUUAAUGGAUGCUGAGCAUAAGAGUAUCAAUGAAAACGUGUUGGCGGAACCAUUUGAGGUAUUCUUCGAAAAGAUGAUUUCCGGGCUGGUGGAGGUCUUGGGGAAUGAGAUCACGAUUCUGGUUGUAGCGUCGUGUAGAGAUGCAAAUAGUGACCCAGUCUAUCCAACGAUGCCGGUUACAUUAAAGAUGACCUAUCCAAAUGUUCAUAUGCUACCUGACCCAUCGAUUGUUGAUUUGAAUGGAAUAACAAUCGGAAUGACUUCAACUGAUGUACUUGAUCAUAUUCUAAAUAAUGAACUAGCUGUGAAUGCUGGUGAAAAAAUCAAACGAGCAGUGUGUUAUCUCUUCAAUCAAGGAUCGUUUUAUCCCCUCAAUCCACCAGGCGAUGAUAGACUAUGCUUUGAUAGUUCCUUAGCAAAUAAGUAUACAAAUAUUGAAAACAUUCCCAAUUUGAUGAUCUUGCCAGGAGACCAGAAAUGUUUUUUGAGAGUUGUAAAUGGAUGCCUUGCAAUUAAUCCUGGUCGAUUAGCUGAUGAAAAAGGAGGAACUUUCGCAAGAUUUGUUUUAUAUCCACCAAGCAAGGAAGAAGACACCAGUAUCUUUAGUGUUAUAGCUUGUCAAGUCAGAAAAGUUUAAAUCUUUUUUUGUAGUUGUUAUUUUUAAGUUAAAGUGUGUACCUUUUUUAUAAUUAAACUUAAAAUGUUUGCAUUAAAAAAAUGUGUGUUAAAAGCAGAGUAUUGCAUUAACAUCAAAAAUAUUAA